AAGUUUUCGCCUUUUCGGUUGGUAGUGUGGUGUGGACAGAGUGAACCACUUUACCAAGGGGAACUUUUUAAGUUUUCAACGUUUUGGCCUAUUUCUUAUUUUGUUGAGCACUUUUCUGUUUCAGAGUCUUCAACUUUGCAUCUCAAGGCGUUGAAAAAUGGAGAAGGCACAUAUGCAAGUCCCAAGAGUUAAACUGGGUAACCAAGGCUUAGAGGUUUCUAGGUUGGGCUUUGGAUGUGGAGGACUAUCUGGAAUUUAUAAUGCCCCCCUCUCGCAUGAAGAAGGAUGUUCAAUCAUUAAGGAAGUGUUCAAUAAGGGUGUUACCUUCUUUGAUACAUCAGAUCUUUACGGACAAAAUCAUGAUAAUGAAAUCAUGGUUGGUAAGGCUUUGAAACAACUUCCCCGAGAAAAAGUCCAGUUGGCUACAAAAUUUGGUGUUACGGUAUCAGGUCCAGAUGGGUUGGAUUUUGGGGUAAAAGGUACCCCUGAAUAUGUGCGACAGUGCUGUGAAGCUAGUCUUAAACGGCUUGAUGUGGACCAUAUUGAUUUAUACUAUCAACAUCGUGUUGACACUUCAGUGCCAAUUGAAGACACUAUGGGAGAGCUCAAACAGCUUGUAAAUGAAGGAAAGAUAAAAUAUAUUGGGUUGUCAGAGGCUAAUGCUGACACUAUAAGGAGAGCACAUGCUGUUCAUCCUAUUACUGCUUUGCAAAUGGAGUAUUCCUUAUGGACUCGUGACAUUGAAGAAGAAAUAAUUCCACUCUGCAGACAACUUGGGAUUGGAAUAGUGGCAUAUAGUCCUCUUGGUCGUGGCUUUUUUGCAGGAAAGGCAGUGGUAGAGACUUUGCCUAGUCAGAGCUUGCUGAGUAUGCAUCCCAGGUUCACGGGAGAAAAUUUGGAGAAGAACAAGCUUUUCUAUAAACGACUUGAUGACUUGGCUUCUAAGCAUGCCUGCACUCCUUCACAAUUAGCCUUAGCAUGGCUUCUCCAUCAGGGAAAUGACAUAAUCCCUAUACCUGGGACUACUAAACUGAAGAACUUUGAAAACAACAUUGGAUCUCUGACUGUGAAGCUUACAGAAGAAGAUUUGAGGGAACUUUCUGAAGCAGUUCCUGUUUAUGAAGUUGCUGGGACACGAGAGUAUGGGAUGUUAAGCAACUAUACUUGGAAGUUUGCAACUACACCACCAAAGCAAUUGAGUUGAUAAGAACCGUGCAAGUUUGUAAUGAAAUAAUGCUGUAUUUGUAUUCACUCAUUAUGCUUAUCACAAUAAAAUAACCACUGGGAUUCUCCCCAAGAUAGUGGCUGUGAAAUGGAAAUUAAAAAAAAAAAAAAAACUCACACACUUUUCUUCCCCUUAAACUAUGUUAUUUAUGCUGGUUUAUUUUUU